AUGUCUUCCAGUACUAUCUAUAAUCACAGGAGCCUUCAGCCCACUGGCCCUCCCGUACCGGGACCCAGCCAGUCACACUCGCAAGCUAGACUCAACGAAUCCUUUGAUGUCAUUAGGCAAGAGUUUGAUCUUCUGGCGCAGGAAAUGGGGACGAUACGAGCUCAGAGGGAUGACUACGAAAACAAACUGGCGAAUCAAAUUAAUGAGCUGGGCACUUUUCGUCAGCAACUCGUUGAACUAGAGACCAAGCACGCAAAGGUUCGACAGCAAUUUGAAGAUGAACUCAAUCGGGCUCGAAAUGAACUCCAUGUUCUCCGCCAAAGCAUGCCUGGCGGUAUCCCUCCGCAGCCACAAGUUGGUCCUGGUUCGAUCGGCAUUCCUGGGGGCACAGGGCCUGGGCCGGUUAUGCAUAGCGGCGCACCGGCCUCUGCGUUGCCCAACUACAACGAUCCGUACUACCGAGAGCGUGACCGCGAAAGGAUUGCUGACCGAGAGAGGGAGAGGUUAGAGGGAGGGCGUGGAGAGCGUGGGGACAGAGUGGAACGUGACAGAGAACGUGAUAGUAGGGGGGACAGAGAUCGUGGAGGCGCAGACCGAGGAGAGAGAGACCGUGAACGGCUGGCGGACCAGCGAGAUCCCAAACGUCUCAAAGCUGACCGUAUUAAAUCCGAUCGACCAGACCCGUACAGUCCCUCUCUUGGUCAUGGACAAACGCCCAAACUUCAGCAUCCACCAGCUCCUGGAGGUCCCGGUUUGCCUCCUCCAUCCGUCCACGGUCCAUACCCCAAUGCUGGUCCAAGCACCGCUCCUGGUCCUCCUUUGCCUGAUCCUUCCAACCCUCCGGGUGCUCUCGUCCCUUUAGGUCAAAGCGCUGCGAAUAGCUUCCCCGAUGAUCUAGACCCUCAUAAUGUACCCCCCGAAUUCAAAAAAGAAGCCUCCGAUUGGUUCGCAGUAUUCAAUCCAAAAGUGAAACGGGUUCUGGAUGUUAACCUUGUACACACAUUAAUGCACGAAAGUGUCGUGUGUUGUGUUCGCUUCUCCGCCGAUGGCAAGUUUCUUGCCACUGGAUGCAAUCGCACCGCCCAGAUUUUUGACACCAAGACUGGCAUGAAGACCUGUGUCCUCGCGGACGAAGGUGCGGGGAAGGCCGGUGACUUGUACAUCAGGAGUGUCUGCUUCAGCCCGGAUGGUAAAUAUCUUGCCACGGGGGCUGAAGAUAAGCAGAUUAGAAUCUGGGAUAUCGCCAAGCGACGCAUCUGCAUGGUCUUUGAUGGACAUCAGCAAGAAAUCUACUCACUCGACUUCUCGCAUGAUGGUCGAUUGAUCGUCUCAGGUUCCGGGGACAAGACAGCUCGAAUCUGGGACAUGGAACGUGGGACGUCGGUCGUCCUCACAAUCAACGACCCUGAUUCGCUCAACAACGAUGCCGGUGUCACCUCUGUCGCCAUGUCCCCUAGCGGGCACUUCGUUGCUGCUGGCAGUCUUGACACCGUCGUGCGCAUAUGGGAUGUGGCUUCAGGCGCGCUUGUCGAGCGUCUAAAGGGACACCGCGACAGUGUGUACAGCGUGGCGUUCACGCCUGAUGGCAAAGGCUUGGUCAGCGGCAGUCUAGACAAGACGCUGAAAUACUGGGACGUCAGUGAAUUAGUCCCAUCUGGGUUGAAGGGCAAGAAAGAGGGCGCCAAUGGUGGCCCCAUCAAUGGACCCGCGGCAUUCAGGAAGGACGGUGAUAAGACGAGCCCUUGUACAAUGAAUUUCACCGGCCAUAAGGACUACGUCUUGUCCGUGGCCGUGUCCCAUGAUGGGCAAUGGGUGGUCUCUGGAUCGAAAGAUCGGGGUGUACAAUUUUGGGAUUCACGCACAGCAAUUGUACAAUGCAUGCUUCAAGGUCAUAAGAACUCUGUAAUUUCGAUCGAUUUGAGUCCUGCCGGAAGUAUCCUUGCCACGGGCAGUGGCGAUUGGCAGGCAAGAAUAUGGAGCUACACGACGAUAUGA